UGUGUGUGUGUGUCUCAGGUGUGUAACAGUAAUCAGAACUGUCACUGUGGGGGGGGGCUGGGCUCCUCCUGACUGCAUGGCCUCAGGACUCGGGGGCAGCGUGGACAGCGGCCCGGCGACUCCUCCACGGAACUCGGACCCGGUGAAGGUUUCUCUGCUCGUCCUCUUCCUCUUCGUCCUCCCAUCGCUGCUCCUCUUCGUCGCUCUGAGGUUUCCUCGUCUUCGUCACAGCUUCCUGUCGCCGCUGCACAAAGGCCGGCACAACCGGACGCCGGUGAUGGAGCGAGCCGACCGCAGGAACGGAGAGCAGGUCCGACCUCUCCGAUUUCACCUGAACGCACCGCCGGACAUCCCUCUGACCCCCCUUCACAAAGAGCGACCUGCCCCCCCCAGCAAGCCUCUGCCCUGCGACCCCCCCGCUCAGCUGCUCGGGAGACCAGCUCCACCCAACAAGCCCCUCCCCCCUGACCCUGGCACACCUGCACAGAUCCCUCUCAAACCUUUGGUCCCUGUGAAGCCUCGUCUGGUCGCCCCCCUGCCCAACUGCCCCCCCCGACACGGAGCAGCUGCUAACCCAGCCGGACCCAAAAGACGCCCCCCUCUGCGGCCCGCAGGCGCUCAGAGAGUCGACUCAUCGGCGCUCUGACGGAGCGAAGACCAGCUUUAAAUAAAACGUUGGUCUGUUCGCCCGAAGAUGAAGAUGAAGAUGAAGAUGACUUUGCUUUCGUCGGAUUUCUCUCAGAGACUGUUGAUCCUCGGCAGUGAUGCGCAGUGCCUUAUGGACCCUGAGAAGGGAAUAAAGACCGGGUCUCACACUGUGGCCCCGGACCCGAGGAGGAUCACGGGAAAUAGUUUUGAACCUACAAUCAGGAUUUUCUUUUUAGCAAAACAAUGAAAUGCAGAAAGUUUCAGACACUUUAAGGAACAGGAUUAUAUAUAAUCACGGAGUUUAACCUUUAUGUUGCUAACGGGACUUUCCUCGGACAGCUCGGACCUUUACCAAAACCUUCUGGGAUUUUGUGAAGUUUAAAAUAUUUUGAGAAAAAAGUGUUAGAAUUAUUUUUGGCUGAACACUGACAUUUUUGGGGAAACACCAAUAUUUUAUAAAGUAAUAUUUAGAGGAAAAAGUUGUAAUAUUUCGGGGAUAAAGUCAUAAUUAUUUGAGGAUGACGUUUCUAUUAAAAGAGAAAGCUAGCGUUGACAACUUUAUUUAAAAAUAUUAUGAAUUAAUCUUCUAAAAAAAAGACUUUAUCUUCUAAAUAUUUUGACAAUUUCCUCUAAAUUGUACUCCUUUAUGCUUUUUCAUUUUGUAAUAUUAUGACAAUUCCUUUAAUAUAUUCUGACCUUUUUCUUGCCUCCACUUCAUUCUGAAAUGCUAAAACCGUUUUCUUAAAAUGUUUUGAUUUUGUGAUCUGAUGUAACUUAUUU